CAUGCAAAUUUACCAAUGACGUCCUGUCCAAGUCUUUAGGCGCCUCUGAGGAAUAGUACUGAGGGCAGUAAAGAAGAUAACAAAUGCCUGACGACCGUGUGACAGUGGUUUGCCCCAUCGCUGUUGCAAUGACCACCACUUUAUUGCAUUUCGUUCUUUCGGCCAAGCUGUGUUCGCUCGUUGUCACGAAAACAUGCCUCGUUGCUUAAUCAAAUCGAUGACAAGGUACAGAAAGACCAAUAAUUCCUCCGAAGCAGAGGCAGAAUUACCAUGGACACCGCCAUCGUCGGUCGACGCUAAGAGAAAACAUCAUCAAACCAAAGACAAUUCUACAAAGUGUAGCAAUAUAUGGACCUCCUCAAGACUGCCAAUUGUAACACGCUACACGUUUAACAAAGAGAAUAAUAUGUUAUGGAACAAGGAAUUGAACGUAGGCAACGUGGAAUUAGGCGUGAGGAAUUUUUCCGAGAUCGAAAAUACGAUGUCGCCAAUCAUCGCCAAUACUUCCAUUAAAGCCAAUCAGAAGAUGAUGGACUCGAGUAACGAACAAAAGAUAGAGAAAGUGCAAUUACCGUUGUCAUCGAACGUUAGAAAAAUAGAGUAUCCGGUGAACGCGACUAACGAGAUCAAGGUGGCAGUAAAUUUGAAUAGGACGACGUUCGACGGGAUCGAGAAUCAGACGACCUCGCAGGCUUUGUAUCUUGCUUCAAAUAAGAAACAGAUUGAUUCUCAAAACCAGUACUUGGGUGGUACUGUGAAGGCAACAGGAGUGGAGAAUCCGCAGAAUUGGAAACGGAAUAAAACUAUGCAUUAUUGUCCCUAUUGCCGUAAAAGUUUUGAUCGUCCAUGGGUGUUAAAGGGUCAUCUUCGUCUGCACACGGGCGAACGACCCUUCGAGUGUCCGGUUUGUCAUAAGUCGUUCGCCGAUCGAUCAAAUUUACGUGCGCAUCAAAGGACACGGAAUCACCAUCAAUGGCAAUGGCGAUGCGGAGAAUGUUUCAAAGCAUUCUCGCAAAGACGAUAUUUGGAACGACAUUGCCCCGAAGCUUGUAGAAAAUAUCGAAUAUCUCAAAGGAGGGAACAAAAUUGUAAUUGA